CACUUCUCUAAAUCUUACCAGAAACAGUGCAUUAUGCAUAACAUUUUGUGUUUUUUAAGUGUUAUUUACGUUUUAACGGUAUCAGCUAAUAAAACCAGAAUUGAGACAAAUGAAAUAACCCACGAAAAAGCAGUAUCAACUGAUGCAACCAUGUUUGAGAAAAAUGGAAUCACUUAUUACAUGAAAUACCCUACAUACCCUAGUUAUUACAAUCUUUCAACACACGGAAUUCGUGUUCUGACGGCUAGGUUGAUUGCUGACAUAGAAAACAUCACGUGGCUGGAAAUACAACUGCAGCAUCUUACUGAUAUGGAGACUGGAGCAUUUCAGAAUUUACCAAACUUAAGAAUGUUGGAGAUUACUAUGAACAACAUACCCAAGAUCAAGACAGGAAUUUUCAACCCUUUAACUAAUUUGACUACACUGGAUCUGUCUCUGAAUGGGGUGUAUCAAAUACAGCCCAACGCCUUCGACAAUAUGACAAGUUUGAAAUACAUAGGUUUGCCGUAUAACCAACUUAAAAGUGUGGAUCCUCAUUGGUUUCUGCUGACACCUUCAUUAAAAUUUAUUAAUCUUAGCUACAAUAAACUAACGGAAAUACCUGCCAACAUUUUUGGUAAUAUCAAGUCUCCAGGACCUUUCAUUUUAUGGUUUGGUGGUAACGAUAUUGCAAAAAUUGAUAAAGACGCAUUUAACGGGUUGAAGUCAAUAUCAGAACUAUCACUGGAUAGAAAUAAAUUAGAAACGAUGACUGGAGACUUCUUGCAUGGUCGGGAGAUGGACUGGUUAUCAUUCACAGACAAUAAUAUCAAAUGUAUAGAUCAGAGACACUUUGCUACGGUCUUCGUUGCCAACUAUACGAAAAUUUGGUUCAACCCUUGGAAUACGGAGUGUCUUAAAAAAAUUAAAAAUUGGGCCAAAGAAAAUCACAAAAGUAUACUAUAUGAUCCAUUCUGAGAAAUGUAUUGAAAACAUAUUAACUAUAGAAAGAUUUAAUAAAAAACUUCUCACAA